AUGGAAUUAUAUCGAUUUUAUACCAAUGACUGGUGCAAGAGAAAUGACUCAAAGUCACUAUCCAUUGCAGCCUUUAACAACAGUUUCGACGAUUUCAAUCUAGCACUUUUUUCACCCAAAAAGGACGAGUGUGACACGUGUGUAGGCUACAAAACUAGUAAUAUUGACGAAGCUACUUACCAAGAACAUCAAAAGAAGAAGGAGGAAGCAUGA